AUCGACGAAACUUCAGAGCCGACUUAACGGCCGUUUAACGACCCGCUGGACUCUAAUUUUUACCGCGGAGGGAGAUGCUGUGAGGCGGCAUGCGACAUCCUUUCCAACGGCUGACUCGAGACGUCGCGGUGGAGAUGAGUUCAUGAGCCAACGGUACCUAACUCCAGCUCCUCCGUUCUCCUGCUAGUUGAAGUGUGCCCGUUUCGACUCCAUCAUGGCUCGUGGUUGCAUCUGCUGCGUUAAAUACAUGCUGUUCCUCUUCAACCUGCUCUUCUGGCUGGGUGGGUGUGGCUUGUUGGGCGUGGGCGUGUGGCUGUCGGUGUCUCAGGGCCGCUUCGCCACCCUGUCGCCCUCCUUCCCGUCGAUCUCCGCCGCCAACCUCAUCAUCAGCCUCGGCACCGUCAUCAUGGUGACGGGCUUCCUGGGUUGCUUGGGGGCCAUCAAGGAGAACAAGUGCCUUCUGCUGAGUUUCUUCAUCGUUCUGUUGGUCAUCCUCUUGGCCGAACUCAUCCUCCUCAUCCUGUUCUUCGUCUACACCGACAUGGUGAGCGCAAAUGCCAGACGGGACCUGAAAGAAGGACUCGUGCUGUACAACACGGAGAGCAACGCCGGGCUGAGGGACGCCUGGAACGCCAUCCAGGGAGAGUGGCGAUGUUGUGGCGUGACCAACCACAACGACUGGUACGCCGCGCUGCACGACAACGUGGUCCCCGACCGCUGCUGCCAGCAGGUUUUCCCGGGAUGCGGACGCAACGCCUCCAACACCUUCUGGACGCAGGGCUGCUAUGACAAGGUGGAGGAUUGGCUGGACAACAACAAACACCUUCUGGGAACCAUCGCCAUGUGUGUCCUGGUCAUACAGCUCCUCGGCAUGGCCUUCUCCAUGACGCUCUACCAACAGAUCCACCGCGCAGGCAAGAAGUACGAAGCCUGACGCCGCAGCAACCCGUUCAAACCGGUUCCAUAAACGCAUCGCUCGGUUUACUGCGAGAGACAUACGCCGAAAACCAUGUGCGCCUUUUUAUCUCGCUUUGUUUUUCUAUCUAUUGAACUAGUUUUUUUGAUUAGUCAGCUUUUCAUCACUAAUGCAUGUUAUGUGAAAUAUUUGUGUGUCGGUGACGAGGAAAAAAAGAAGGAAAACAAACAUUGUGUACUUAACGUGUUCAAUAAAAGCUCUCGUAAUGAA